AUGGUUUUGCAGCAGCAGUAUCGCGAAAGAGGCUUCCAGAAAUAUUCUGAGCUGAUCACCUGUUUUUUGCUGGCCAAACAAAAUAAUGAAUUGCUGUUGAAAAAUCACGAAUCUCGGCCAACAGGUGCAAAUCCAUUUCCAGAGGCAAAUGCAAUACAACCGGCAAAUCCGGUGCGUGGCCGUGGGCAGAACAUGCCCCGAUAUGUGCCAAAUCGGCGUUAUAAUGACAGAAGGCCGCACAUACCUCUACAUAGGUUCAACACCAGGAGAAAAAGAAACAAUGACGAUGAAUGCACCCGGUGUGGAAUCAAAGGCCAGUGGGCCCAUGUUUGUCGCACGACCAGUCAUUUGGCUGAAUUGUAUCGGGCCUCAAAAGAAAGACAUGAAAGAAUUGUCCCCGAAACAAAUUACGCUGCCCACGAUGACACAUUUGACGAUGUGAUGAAUGAAAAUAUCACGCACCUGGAUGCCGAUGAUUUGCUUGACAUAGCUGAUGAUGUUAAAUGA